UAUAUUAUUUUGGGUGUUUUCGGCAUUCACCCAGAGUUAACUCUAGAGUUAACAGUGGUGCUCAAUGAUAUUAUCUUUGAAAUUGAAAUUGUGAACCUGUGAAUGGAGCUUUACUGUGCCUAACCUGACGUGAGGGAAAUUCUUUUCACCUGCCAUUAAUUCACUGAAUAUCUGUUGUAUUAACGUGCACGUGCUCGAUUUAAGUGAAAUAAAUAAUUAUAUAUAAUAUAUUAUAAUUUUGUAUUUAAAUUAUGUCGACGUCUCAUGAGAAAUAUAAAGUUAUUAAUACAGUCAUUGAUCAUGUUACGGGAAAUGUAAUAAUUGACCCGAAUGAUAAAAGCAUUUUAUGCUAUCUUUUAAAAGAGGAUGGCGGUCAAACAAUAGGCUAUGUUCCUAGGGAAAAUUAUAUUGAAGCAACGUCCACGGGAUCUGAAAGUGAAGGUAAUAUUCAAAAUGUCGAAGAACCAUCAGAAGAGAUUAAUGAGAAUGAAAUUGAGAAAGAGGAGGAAAUCGAAAUACGAAGAAAGCCUGGGCACAAAACAGAUGUCGAGAAAGAAAAUUCUAAAUCUUGUGGACAAUGGACGGAUGCGGAAACCAGAAUACUUAUUGAAGUGUACCCUGAAGUAGCAGAUACUACUAAAGAUAAUCUGAGUCCAGUUUUCUGGAAAAAAGUAAGCGGUUUCAUGGUUUCUAAAGGUGUCAAAAAGACUUUUAUAUCCUGUAGAGAUAAAUGGAAAUCACUGACUCGAACAUAUAAAUUCAAUUUGUCCAAAAAAAAGGAAACUGGUACAGGCCCCAUUACCUGGCCUUAUUUCGAUCUUCUACAUAGUAUACUGUUUGUAAAACCGGAAAUUAAUCCAGUCGCAACAGCUUCCAGUAUUGCUGGAUACAAGAGAAGAUUGGCUGAGGACAUUAAAAAUGACGAAAAGGAACAUUUGACUUCACAAAAUAAGAAAAAAAAGAAAAAUCACCCAGAAUGGCUACAAGAAUUAAGAAAAGAUGCGGCCUUACGCCAUGAAGAAAAUUUGGAACUUAAAAAUAAAUUCAUAUCUUCUUUCAUAGAUUACGUCGAGUUGUUGAAAAAGAAGUAAGCAAUUAUCUUGUUUCAAUUUUGCAUUAUCAAAUUCCAUAUAUUCUCCUAAUGUUUACCGUUAGGCUGUCAGUUUCCGAUAAAACUAUUAUUUUCUUUUAUAAAAACAUGUGAUAUUAGAUUUAAAAAAAAAUAUAUAUAUUUAUAUAUAUACAAAUAUUGAAAUACGUAAGAAACAUGUGCUGUGAAAUGCUAUAUUGUUAUAAGAAGUGAAUUAUAAGACUUAAUUUUCCAAUUAUUGAGGCUGAUAGGUAUGAAAAAAUAUACGAUUAUUUAAUAAUAAAUCUAUUAUCGAAACAUUAAAUGUGACAACGCGGUGUAAUUAACUUAUUUUCUAUAUUACCAAAGUAUCACGUGAUAUUACAUCAAUCUAAUGUUACAUUUUAAUAUUACUAAUGUAAAUUAAAGUGAUAUUACAAUAAAGACAAGUACU